AUGGCCAAAAUCCGGGAACUACUAGAAAGACCGAUUGCCCCACAAAUUCGGAAAGAAUACAGCACGCGAACUCUUAAUCGCAACCAGUCUGGGGGGACAGAGACUCUACCAACCAGCACCCCCAAAAAAUGGAAUUUCCCGGGUCGCGGUAAAAAUAAAAAAAGAAUCGACUUUAUUUACGGAGGCUCUAAGUUCUAUAACUCAGUUAACUCGAUCAAAGCAUACCAACGAAGAGCCGAAAACAACGUCGGAAUCAAGGAGCCCCUAUCAGGUCCCGACCAUGAAAUAACCUUCGACGAAAAUGAGACAGCAGAUCUCGACAAGCUGCACGACGAUGCUCUCGAAAUACGACUCUACGUCGGCGGUUGCGAACUAUCUCGGGUCAUGAUCGAUACAGGAAGCUCAGCCGACGUCCUCUUCUAUGACGCGUUCAAGAGAAUGGGAUUCACCAAGGCCCUCCUUAAACAAGAACGGACUCCGCUAAUCGGAUUUGCAGGAGAAACUACUUACUCCCUUGGGUCAAUCGAACUCGCAGUAACCGCCGGAGAAGUCAGGAAAAUCGUCGAAUUCAUCGUGAUAGAUCGUCCAGCCCCGUUCAACGCAAUCCUCGGAAGACCCUGGCUGUAUAGCCUGAAGGCAGUUUCCUCAUCCUAUCACCAAUGCCAGAAGUUCCCAACUCCAAAAGGGAUCAAAACUAUUAGAGGAAGUCAAAAGAGCUCCAGAACAUGCUACCUUGCAAGCUUCAAGGAUAUCGAGCAGCACGCCUAA